UAAACGCAUCAAUUGGUGUAAGUGACUGAUACUAUAGGGAACAAUGAGUAAUCGUAGUGAACUGUGUCGCGGUACUCUUUUAACAAAACAUUUAGAACUUUAAAACGCACACUCAAAUAUGAACAUGAACACUGAAUCGUUCAGCGAGUUCCUAACAAACUGUAACAAAAGUGAAACACGGCCACUCGACCGCUACUAGAAAACGCAGCCCACCUCAACUGGCGCACGGAAUGCGCACCGUUUUUACACGUUGUUAUUGCUGUCCCACUAAUGUGACACUAACAGCAGUGAUUUCAUAAUAUCACUGACAAACAAGGGAGUGUUAAAUCUAAUUAGUGGUGCGCGUGGGGUGCAGUCCGGUAGUGCCGGGCCAUGCGUUAGGUCCCGCGCGUCCUUGCUCACCGCGUGCGUCCCGCGCGGGCAGUGUGGGCCGGCGCGAGGCAGCGCGGGCAGUGCGAGCGCGCGCGCCGCCCGAGCGCGACAUGAACGUGUUCACGCAGACGCCGCGCGACGAGCCGCUGCCCGCGCACUACAUCGAGAUCGUGGAGCCCGACCCCGCAGCCUGCGAGCCCUCUGCGUUGCCGCCCGAGGGCAACGUCAAGCUGCGCAAUUAUAGGCUGCUCAACGAGAACAUCCGCGCCUACACCCCCACUGGCGACAUCCACACCUCACCAAGCAAGGGCAAGCUGGUAGCUCGCUACGACGUCUGCGCCACCAUAUCGCCCCCUCGUGCACGCAUCCUGGAGCUACUGCGGCCUGAGGAUCCAGGGCGUGACGCACUAGAAGCUAUCGUGAGGCCGGUCCCACGCCGUGGCCUCACUCGGCCACUGGAUGAAGACACUAAACGGUUUCUACAGCGAGCUCUCCAAUCACCCAGCCCCUUGUUAUCGGCAUCUGCCACACCCGAGCCCCAUCACAGACCGCCAGAACCGCCAGAAUCAGACAAGGAGUCCGAGUCUAUCUCAUCCCCUGAAGAAACUAGUCACAAUAAAUCAAAGAACUCUGCUGCUGAGCGGUCGCUGGCAGACGAGCUACGGGAGGCGGAGGAAGAGGAACGUGAAGGAGGAUGCACACGACGGGAACUGCUGCGCGAAUUCCGAAAGCGAGGUGGUGGCGGAGUGCGCGAGGCAGUGGAGCGGGAGCGGCUGGGCCGGCUGGCGCUGGCCGUGGAGGAGGACGAGGAGGAGUGCGCGCUGUCCGCCACGGCGCGGCGCCUGGACGCGCUGCUGGCGCAGUCGCGCGACUUGCACUCCGAGCUGGCCGACAUCCACGCAGACCUGCAGGCGUCAUCGGUGCGCGCGCGGCGAUGUACGGCGGCUGCGCGUGCGCUGGGCGCGGAGGCGCGUGCGCUGCGGUUCCUGGACGAUGUGGUGGCGCUGCUGCGAGGAGACGUGGCGGCUGCCGUACGCGCCAGGGCUUGGCCAUUCGCUAUAGGUCGACGGCAGCCUGACAGGAACUAUAUUAUAUGAUCUCAGGAUUGGAGAUAUCGCUGACUGUCCAGGCUGCUUCUCGAAUAUUCGACGCCAAAGGCAUACGGCACCAAAGGAGAUAAUUA